GUUUGGUCGUUGGGAUUUGCUGAGAAGGAUUGUUUCUUUUAUUUCUAUGAUAUUGUAUGUUUUUGUUAUCUGUACUCCUUUUUUAUAUUUCAAUCUCAAGGAUCUACUUAAAUAAAACAAUGUUCGGUUAUCUAGAUGCAUUUUCUUCUUGAUGGUUGAGGAUGUGACCGACUCCUGCUAAAUUCUUGAGAUAAACUGCCAUGGUUGAACUUCUUUUUUGGUUCCUUGAGAGAUUGCUAGUUCUCUAUGCACUCCGAUAAAUGGUGAGAUUUUGGUUGCUUCCACAAAAAAAUUUCUCCGUGCAGUUCAUGUGUUCAUUAAUGCUUGAUGGCAUGGAUUCUGUUAAUUUGCCAGCACCUGCUGUAGUUAAGCCAGUAGAGCUGUGGACAGGUACGCAGCGAUUGCGUGUUUUAGUACGCCCAAACGCAAAUGAGUUUCUGAAUCUCAUUGUUAAGGAGAAAUCCUAUACCUCCACCAAGAACAAGGAUGGAAGAGGAACAGAAGCAAUGUGUCCGGAUGAUGGUUUUGCAUAUUUUCGUAACAGUGAGCUAUUAUCUGGGCAACUUGGGAAGGCUACUCUAUGAAAUGGCAAUAAGGAUGGACUUUACUCUGCUCUUCUCCGAGACUAUGAAGCUCAUGCUGCUGCUGCUGCUUGCAUGAAUCGCCUGGCUAAAUUAAGUGCACGAUGGGUUGGUAAUCAUGGAUUCUCGAUCGGGCUUAGUGAUGUACAACUAAGUGACGAUUUGUGUCUUGAGAAAGAAAAGAUCAUCAAGGAAGGUUAUAGCAAAUGUGACACCCAGAUAGAGUUAUACAACAAAAGAAAGUUGUUAACACUUGAAUCACUAGAGGCUGGAAUUUCUGAGGUGUUGAACAAGAUUAGAGAUCAAGCUGGAAAGCUGUAUUGGAGAAACAGUCCCUUGAUCAUGUCCCAGUGUGGCUCCAAGGGUUCUGCUAUAAAUAUAAGCCAGAUGGUGGCCUGUGUUGGUCAACAAUCUGUUGGCGGUCGUCGUGCACCUGGGUUUCCUAGAAAUGAAAAGAUGCCUGCGGCUAAAGGGUUUGUUGCUAAUUCAUUUUAUAGUGGCCUGACACCUACAGAUUUUUUUUUCAAUACAAUGGGAGGGCGAGAGGGACUUGUUGAUACAUCAGUGAAAACAGCUGAAACUGGAUACAUGUCACGUAGACUGUCAAAGGUUUUAGAGGAUCUUGCAGUGCACUAUGAUGAAACAGUUCGGGUUGCAAAUGGAGGUAUAGUUUAGUUCUGUUAUGUGGAUGAUGGUAUGGACCCUGCAAUGAUGGAAGGGAAAAGUGGAGCUCCAGUAGACUUGCACCGUAUGUUUCUGAAAGCCAAGGCCACAUGCCCUGCUGGAAAAAAUGAUAGCUGCCUGUCUCUUGAGCAAGUUUUAGAAGAAGCGAGGAGCAGGCUGAUGAUUCCUGAAGAUAGUUUGUCUAUGGGUUUUAAAGCUUCCAUAGAGAAAUUCCUCGAUGAAUAUGGGAAAACACUAAAAAAAACACAGGAGAUAUUUUUUCUAAAUCAGAGUACUGGUUGGGAGGCAAUAUCUGCAACUCUGGAGAAGAUUGUCAACAAUGUAUCUGGUGUCACUUCUAGACAGCUGGAGGUCUUUCUGGAUACUUGUAUUUCUCGUUACCUUUCAAAAAGAAUCGAUGCUGGAACAGAAAUUGGAGCUAUUGUAGCACUAAGUAUGACACAGAUGACACUGAAAACCUUUCACUUUGCUGGAGGUCUAUAGAUGUUGAUGUUGUGAAAGAAUCAAUUUUAAAAGUUCCAAGAAUCAAAUUGGAGCAAGAAAAUAUUAGAGUUCCAGAUAGUGAAACUUUGGAACUGUUCUCUCCGGGACAAGGAUAGACGCAGAAUUCAUUUUGAGCUCUACAGAUUAAAGAGUAAUCUCCCCAAUGUUACAGUAAAGGGCAUAACAACAGUUCAGCGUGUUUGACAUUGAUGAAAGUAGUGUGAAAAAGGAUAAAGAAGUAGUUCAUGUAAAAGGUGCAGAUGUUGUUGAUAAAAGAUAAGUAAAGAAGUACAGGUUAUUUGCUGAAGGCAACGGACUUCUGGCAGUAAUGAACACUGAAGGAGUAGAUGGUUGUAAAACCACAAGUAACACAUUAUUGAAGUGCAGCACACUUGGAUUGAAGCUGCGAAGAGGAAAUAAAGUAUACUAUGAAGCAACAUGGAAUGAACAUAGAUGAUCGGCAUAUGAUGCUCUUAGCAGAUGCAAUGACAUCCAGGGGUCAAGUUCUUGGAAUGACAAGAUUUGGCCUUGAAAAGAUGGACAAAAGUGUUUUGAUGAGCGCUUCAUUUGAGAGAACAGAUGAUCGUCUAUUUAAUGCUUGUGUAAAAGGGGCAGUAGACAAAAUUGAAGGAGUUAGUGAAAGCAUAAUUAUGGGUAUACCAAUGCCAAUAGGAACUGGAAUGUUCAAAGUUAAACACAACGUCUCUACUACAUGACCUCCCCUGCUCGUGUUUUUUAUGCAUUGUUUCUGAAUAGACUGGAACAUCAUGAUGCUGCAGGCUGAAUUAGUAAAUUUGGUUCUGCUAAGAUUGCAAAUUGUGUUUAUCAUCUCUUGUCCUUCUCUUAAUUUUCAAAAUGUCACAUUGGCUCUAAUAUACGCUCAAUCUUUGGUUUCGUUCUGGUGUUGUUAAUGAAAUUCUUGAUUUAUCUAAA